GCGCACACACACGCACGCACAGGUGAUACUUUUGAAAGGUGUUUUCAAGAGAUGCUCUGGACAUCGUGGUCCGGCUGAGCGCGAGGAGGAGGACAAAGAGCAGCGAUCGCCGACCGUCGGGUACCCGCGCGCCAGUCACCUCACCUCAGCUCACCUCACCUCACUUCACCUGCCGUCCGUAGGCGCGCGUCCGCCAUGGGCGACACGGUCCGCGGGCUCGGCCGCUGCUCGUGCGCCUUCUGGCUCGCCGUGGCCUUCGACCUGCUGGGGCUCGUGGUGCUGCUGCUCGGCGUGUUCGCCAACCUCUUCUUCUACGACUUCCUCAUCUACGCGGGCGCCAUCAUCAUCUUCCUCAGCCUCAUCUGGUGGGUCUUCUGGUACACGGGCAACAUGGAGGUGCCGCCCGAUGAGCUGCAGGACGACGUGGGGCUCCUCAAGAAGGAGCGCGCCAGCGCCGGCCACCUGCUCAGGAGCGCGUCCGCGCGCCUCUCCCAGCGCAUCAGGAGCACGUUCGGGAGGAGCGCGGGCGCGGGGGGCCAACGGGGGCCGCGAGGCGCGGAGCCCCUGCGCGUGCCCGUGAGCCUCGCCAUGCGCCCGCAGGAGAGCCUGCGCACAGUAAGCGCCGCGGUGGGAGAGGAGCUCGCGCCCGACGCCGAGAGACCCGUGGGGACGUCGGCCAUCUGAUCUGAGCCACGCGAGCGGCCGGCAAUCAAUCAGUGGACUUGAGAGUAAUGCUGGUGAUCCUGCGAGAUGCCUGGCUUGCUGGACACGUCCUGCUUUCACAAGAAUAAUAUUAAUAUUGCUCGCUUUUCAUACGUGUGGAGGCGAGCGGACGCCGAACCCCCUUGUCCUCCCUUCUCGAGCCCGACUCGGACCCGACGCAGCAGCGAAGGGGUGUAAUUCCCGCGCGCAGGGAGCAGCAAUAUUUGUUUUUCCCUUAAUCGUUAACGAGCUCGAGCAACUCCGCUGGAACUGGAAAGGCUUGGCCUUGCACCGCUGUGUUUUAAAAUG